UCUCGAUCAGCAACGAAAUAGAUGAUUGAAUGACGAGCUUUCAUCAAACGGUUGACAGGUCGAUCACUAUUUAUUAUACGGUCAUGGUGGAGUUUACGGUAUUUUGCAUGAUCGUAUCUUCAUUGGUAACCGACUUCAGAAACCAGAGAUUGGCGUACGAAGCUUGGCUACCUUUCAACUGCUCUGCACCAAAUUAUUAUUACUAUUACAUCGCAUACGUUCAUCAGAUCAUCGCUCUGAUUGGUACGUCGCUUUUAAACGUGGCCUGUGACGUGACCAUUUGCGGGUUGUUCGUCCAUAUGUACAGCCAGCAAGAAAUAUUGAAGCAUAGAUUGAAAGAAAGCGUAAAUGUUGAAAAUAGAUUGAAUAUUGGAAAGAUCGUGUAUUUUCACAAUUAUCUAUACGGGUUAGUUCGUGUUCAAUCUAAAUGUCUCGAAGAGAAAAAAUCGAAGAUAUCAUAGUAAAAGAUUAUUUAUAAU